UUCAUUAGUAGUGGGUCACCUCAUAGAGGCUGUCAAUUUGCAAUCACAUGACCAGACAAACACCACUCAAUUUAUCUUUGUAACCCACACAGUGCAACUUAAAAAUUACUUUUAAAAUAAGUUUGUAGUUCAUUUAGUAACGAGGGCCACUGUUGUUUUGUGUUUCAGAAGCCUCACCUGUGUUCAAUCAUGAUUCGGGUCAUCUGUCCCAUGUGUGUUCUUCUCUUUGCGCUCCUCUUUGGGUGCAUGAGCGCACGUCCUGACUCACCAGGCCGAUCACGGCGUGCUCCUGCUGCCAAAGUGCGACUGGCAGGUAACAGCCAGAGAGAAAAUGAGGGACGAGUUGAAGUCCUGCACAACGGGACAUGGGGCACCGUAUGCGAUGACGAGGUCGACAUUAAACUCGCUGAUGUGGUGUGCAGGGAAUUGGGUUUCCAAAGUGGCUUAACAUGGGCACACAGUGCCAAGUAUGGAGAAGGAGAAGGCCCAAUCUGGAUGGAUAAUGUGAGGUGUGAAGGAACGGAGAAAACUCUGAAAGACUGCAAGUCGAACGGGUGGGGUGUUCAUGACUGCAAACACACUGAGGAUCUCGGGGUGAUCUGUAGUCCGGAGAGAAGACUAGACCAAGUGCAUCCUGGAGUCACCAGAAGAGGGCACACCAUUGCUCUCAGACCAAAUGUAGUCACCUCAAACCGUUGGCAGGACAUUUACUCCAGUUCAAGGACACCUGCACAUCUCAGACAAGGAAAUGGACAUUCCCAGGAUCAUACCAGUUGGGAUCAAUUCUCCAGACAGCAGUUUCAUAAUCCGUCUGCCAGUAGGGUGAGGAUCGAGGAAGUCCGUCUCAAGCCGAUCUUGAUGGUCACAAAGAAGCACGCCCUUGUUACGGAGGGUGUGGUGGAAGUAAAGCAUGCUGGGAGAUGGAGACAGGUGUGUGAUAAAGGCUGGAGUCUGAACAGCAGCAGAGUUGUGUGUGGGAUGCUUGGCUUUCCUGAUGCGGAGCAGCCCAACAUGAACACCUACAAAAAAAUAUGGGAUAAGAAAGUCAAGGAUACAACAACCAGACUGAGUCAGAUGACCAAAAAGAAGGGAUUCUGGGUUGAGAAAGUACAUUGUCUGGGCACAGAGCCCAGCCUGGCGGAGUGCCAUGCCCAGCUGUCAAUCCCUCGGAGCCCCACCCCCUGUAAGAACGGACGCCAUGCAGUGGCCCGCUGUGUCCCAGGUCCACAGUUUGCUCGUAUGUCCUCUGGCAGACCCCAAGCACCUCACCCUGCAGAGCUGUCAGUGCGUCUGAAGGCUGGACCACGCCUGGGAGAAGGAAGAGUUGAGGUUCUCCGUGAGGGGAAGUGGGGAACUGUGGUUGACCACCGGUGGGACCGGAUCUCAGCUAGUGUGGUCUGUAGAGAGCUGGGCUUCGGCUCUGCCAAAGAGGCUCUUACCGGAGCAUACAUGGGUCAAGGGACAGGGCCGAUCCACAUGAAUUCAGUGCAGUGCACUGGCACAGAGCGCUCUAUUUUGGAGUGUUACUUCCAGGAAGUCCCUCCCUGGACAUUCAAACACAGCCAGGAUGCUUCUGUCAAAUGUUAUGUUCCUAAGACAGGCAUGGAGACUAUGGUGCGGUUGGCGGGGGGCAGGGUCCCGGCCGAGGGUCGUGUGGAGGUGCUAAUGGAGGUGGGGGGCAGAAAGCGUUGGGGGACGAUUUGCAGUGAAAACUGGGGAAUAAAUGAAGCCAUGGUGGUAUGCAGGCAGCUGGGCUUUGGUUUCGCCGCACGUGCCCAUCAGGACACAUAUUACUGGCAAGGUGACCCAGCGGCAGAAGAAGUUUUGUUGAGUGGGACUCACUGUGUGGGAACAGAAAUGUCCAUCCAGCAGUGCCGUCAAAAUAGUUACAUCCACUGCCCUCGAGGAGGCGGAGCUAAAGCAGCGGGUGUCACCUGUUCUGAAACGGCACCUGAUCUGGUUUUGGAUGCACAGCUCGUGCAGGAGAGCGCUUAUCUGGAAGACAGGCCUCUGCACCUGCUCACCUGUGCGCAUGAGGAGAACUGUCUCUCCUCCUCCGCCAGUCGUAUGCAGUGGCCGUAUGGGCACCGCCGUCUUCUGCGUUUCUCCUCCCGUAUCAUGAACUUGGGUAGAGCUGACUUCCGUCCACGAGCCUCAAGAGAGUCCUGGACCUGGCACCAGUGCCACAGGCAUUAUCACAGCAUUGAAGUGUUCACACAUUAUGACCUCCUCACACUCAACGGAAGCCGAGUGGCCGAAGGACACAAAGCCAGUUUCUGUCUGGAAGACACCUACUGCCCUGAUGGACUUCACAAACACUUUUCAUGUUACAAUUACGGAGAUCAAGGCAUUUCGGUGGGUUGCUGGGACACUUACCGCCACGAUAUCGACUGCCAGUGGAUAGACAUCACUGAUGUCAAUCCUGGAGACUACAUCAUGCAGGUUGAGGUAAAUCCGUCCCUGGACAUGGCUGAAUCAGAUUUUAUGAACAACGUCAUGCGUUGUCGAUGUAAAUAUGAUGGACACAGAGUGUUUAUGUAUGGCUGUCAUGCAGGUGAUGCCUACAGUGCUGAAUCUGAGGAUUUAUUUGAACAUCAGCGUCAGAUCAGCAAUAACUUCAUUUGAGCCUGUUAAAAAGAGGUGAGAGGAGAGGAUGUUAAUUAAUUGGUCCCGGAAAUGCGGAUAACAACCUGGGUGAAAGAAAAGAUUUUCUCAGCUGAUCUCAGAACAGUGUACCAGUAGCACCACGGAGUGGACAAGAUACUGUAUGCUACAUCACUAAACCAUUUUUACUAUGGAAUUUAGUUAAGUCUAGCAGAUGUUUGGAAAUCAAACAAAAUAAUAUCAUUUAGAGGGUUAGUUCACCCAAAUAUUUGAUUUGCUCAUUAUUUUUUUUCUUAGUAUUUUAUAUUUGAAUUUUAGUUUUUGAAUAAAAUACUGGGUUUUUUUUCCCCACCCAUAUGCAAUAAAUAUAGACUGGACCUUCAAAAAGUACACACAAAAUAUAUAGAUACAGAUUUGUGCACUAUUUUUAAGACACUGGAUAUCUGUAUUCCUCUCUUGAGUAUGGAUGUCAAUGAAUAAUAGUUUAAUUUUCAGUCUGUCUGUUCCUGACACACAUGGUUUUGUAUCAGAACACCUGGAAUAUACUUUUGUGAUAUGAAUGUACUAUUUGUAAUUUUUAAGUUUGAUAGUUUGUCCAAGUCCUUUUUACUUUCAUUUUACUGAAAAGAGUAGGUGGUAUAUUCCUUAGAAAUUCUCAUUUUUUGUUCCAUAGAAGAAAGUUACAGUGUCUCUUAAGGCCAAUUCACACUACACCGACAGACACUGGCUAAUGGCAACAGACACAUUGGUCAGGUUUUGUCUGUUGGCCACCUAUUGAACAUGUUGAAUCUGCAUUUGUCAGGUCUUUGAAUGUCUGAGAAAUUACAUACUGGUCAGUUGUCGGCGCUGGUCUGUGGUGCGGAUUGAAUUAGCCUUUAGUGGUCACUGUUUUACUAGUAGACUCUGUUUUCAGAUUAGUGCCCAGGGCUUUGGAAUGAGGUGGUGUGAUGACUGUGAUCCUUUUGCUGCUCCGCCAAACUCUUGCUGGCUCGGUUAGUUUGACAUUCAAUGAAAACCUGUGCGGCGGAGGCCCUUGUUCAGAGCUGCAGGAGUUAGUAAAUAAAGUCUGAAUUGUUCAGGAGUUAGUAAAUAAAGUCUGAAUCUGUAUUUUUGGGUGAACUUUUUCUUUAAUUAUCAUCCACUCAGUAACUAGGACAUUUAUUUCAGAGACUAAGUAGUUGUUGUUGACCAAAUGGUAAAAAAUUAAACGUGUAGUUCUUGGAACCAAGACUAGCAUUAGAGAAUAACUAUUUUUUUAAAGUCUACAUGCACCCACAUAUUUAUUUCCUGAUUCUAUAGCAAACAUAUAAUGUAUCGUUAUUAAAAAAAAUGCAUCUGCAGAAUGUUUACCCCCCCGCCCCCCAUUGUUUUCAUACCAAAAAAGAAAUCCAAAAUAUACUUUUCUUGACUAAUUCAUAUAACAUAAAAAUGCAGUGUGUUCACUUUUUCUGUUCAUUAAUUAGCUCUAUAUCUAAUUUCAAUUCUUCUGUUUUAAUUUAUGCACUUUAUUGAUGGACCUCUGUAUUCUGGAAGAGAUGGUUCAUUCACUACCAUCUUUCAAGACACACUUCUGUUUGUAUGUUUGUUUAUUAUUUGCCUCCUUUUUAAAUGUUUUUGCAACUUUUGAUAUAUAUAUAAAUUUUUCAGUUGACUUUCCUGAAUUCUAAAAGAUAACAAAGUAUACUGUAUAUGGUGAAGAUAAUUUAUUUAACACAUUGUUAAACAAAUUUUCUGGAUUAGAGUUUUGUUAGUUUCAUUAGUUUCAUAGUUCAUAGUGUUAAUAAAGGCUUGAUAAAUGGUUGACUGCUUUAAUUUUCAUUAACAUGUUUAAGGUAUGAUUUGUGGUUGAAUGGAAUUGGUUUUCUUAGUCUUGCAUGAACUUGAAGCUUUUUUUUUUAAUCUAUGAGUAUAAGGGAUACUAUGUGUAGUGUAAAGCAGUGAUGCUGGGAAUGAACAUUUAUGGACCAGAGCAUUAUAUCUAUUCUUAAAGUAUUUUAACCCUUUGUCUAUAAAUAGCAGGGUGGGGUGCGGUGGUGGUGGGGGGAUUUGACCUGUACUGUCAGUUUUUACUUUUUAAAACUUUUGCACAGUACGAGACACCGUAAUGGUUAUUGUGCAUGUGAUAAAUUUAUAUAUAAUUUAUUCCUACUGUUUACAUUGAUUCCAGUGAAUAAUCUGUACCCAUUUUCAGUUUAUAGAUAUCACUUACGUCAAUUUAUGUACUUUCCAUUUUCAUUAUAUAGGUGUUUGUUUGUUUUUUUUAUUUUUUUUUUAUUUAUUUUUUUUACAUUUGUAAGAUUAUAAAUAUGACUUAUUCCCUGUAUUGACUUCUUCCCUGUAUUGGAUACUUUAUUUUCAUCAUGUUACUCCUCAUUUAUUUAACCUAAGCUUUUAUUUAUGAUUUGCAUUUUACAGUAUGCUCUUAGUAUUAAUGGUGCAUUGAUCUCAGUCCAUAAUUCACAGC